GGAGGAAGGGGCGGCUCUGCUCAGCCGCUAGCCAAGCCUGGGCUCUGGGAAAUGGAGACGGAGCUGCUGCCUCGCCAGCCGGCCGUGUGCUGAAGGAGAUGGACAGCGAAUUGCUGCGGGGGAGCCUGGCCCCGGGGUCGCCGCUUCCCAGGGAGCUGAGCCACUUCCCGAGCUCCUGAAGUUCCAGCACUGCUCAGGCCGGGCUUAACCACGGCGAGUUCCACCUGCACCGCUCCCAGCUGGCAGGGGUCAGGCAGGUGAUUGCCUUUCUUUGUGCUCCUCUGCUUGUGCGUGAAUGCUGAACACCAAGAAGUCUGCCUGAAAGCCUGGGAGAGCUUGGGAAAAGCCACGGUGGAGAGUUGUGGUGUUUUGGAUUUAUUUGGCACGAAGUACUCACACCUCUGCUCGAGGGAUUCAUAUGGCUUGAAGGGUGGAGCUGGCAGCUGGCACUUGGAGCCCCAUGGAUCCCCUCAACCUCUCGUGGUACGACGGGGACAGGAACUGGAGCAGGGCCCUGAACGCGUCGGACGCGGCGCAGAAGCCGCACUACAACUACUACGCCGUGCUGCUCGCCCUCCUCAUCUUCAUCAUCGUCUUUGGCAACGUGCUGGUGUGCAUGGCAGUGUCCAGGGAGAGAGCCCUGCAGACCACCACCAACUACCUGAUCGUCAGCCUGGCCGUGGCCGACCUGCUGGUGGCCACGCUGUGCAUGCCCUGGGUGGUCUACAUGGAGGUGGUUGGGGAGUGGCGGUUCAGCCGCAUCCACUGCGACAUCUUUGUCACCCUGGAUGUCAUGAUGUGCACUGCCAGCAUCCUCAACCUCUGUGCCAUCAGCAUUGACAGGUACACGGCCGUGGCCAUGCCCAUGCUCUACAACACCCGCUACAGCUCCAAGCGCAGGGUCACCGUCAUGAUCGCCGUGGUCUGGGUGCUCUCCUUUGCCAUCUCCUGCCCGCUCCUCUUCGGCCUCAACAACACAGAUGAGAAGGAGUGCAUCAUUGGCAACCCUGCCUUCGUGGUGUACUCCUCCAUCGUGUCCUUCUACGUGCCCUUCAUCGUCACCCUGCUGGUGUACGUGCAGAUCUACAUCGUGCUGCGGCGGCGCAGGAAGCGCGUCAGCACCAAGCGCAGCAGCCACGUGCUGGACUCGGACACGCAGGCCCCCCUGAAGGACAAAUGCACUCAUCCAGAAGACGUCAAGCUCUGCACAGUUAUUGUGAAGUCCAAUGGGAGCUUCCAAGUUAAUAAGCGCAAAGUGGAGGCAGAGAGUCACAUAGAAGAGAUGGAAAUGGAGAUGGUGUCCAGUACCAGUCCCCCUGAGAAAACGGCCCUCAAACCCACAGCACCAAGUAACCACCAGUUGAUUGUGCCAGUUGCUUCUAAUCGGGGCAACAACUCUACCCUGCAGGCACCCCUGAGCAGCCCUGGGAAGGUGGAGAAGAAUGGCCAUGCCAAAGAAUCCCACCACACAGCCAAGGUCUUCGAGAUCCACUCCCUGCCCAACGGCAAGACGAGGAACUUGCUCAAGGCCGUGAUCAGGAGGAAACUGUCCCAGCAGAAGGAGAAGAAAGCCACCCAGAUGCUGGCCAUCGUGCUCGGUGUUUUCAUCAUCUGCUGGCUCCCCUUCUUCAUCACUCACAUCCUGAACAUGCACUGCGACUGCAACAUCCCGCCGGCCAUGUACAGCGCCUUCACGUGGCUCGGCUAUGUCAACAGCGCUGUCAACCCGAUUAUCUACACCACCUUCAACAUCGAGUUUCGCAAGGCUUUCAUGAAGAUCCUCCACUGCUAAAAGCCACAAACAGCGCCCGCGU